AUGUAUUGCCAAGCCAAUACACACAUCAGGUCCGCUGCUGGCGAUAGCGACAGGUUUGGUGUCUCGGUGGGCCUACACCAGGGUUCGGCUUUAAGCCCGUAUCUCUUCCUCCUGGUAAUGGAUGCGCUGACGUCAGACAUACAGGAGGAAGCACCCUGGUGUAUGCUUUAUGCUGAUGACAUCGUGCUUGUCGGGGAGGAUGAAUGUGAGGUACAGAGCAGGUUGGAAAUAUGGCGAGAUACAUUGGAGAAAGCUGGUCUUAAAAUCAGUAGGACCAAAACAGAACAUUUAUUCUGUGAUUUUGGUGGUCCGACCAGCUUUUCUCCAAUUGCUUUAAAUGGUGUAAACCUACCAACCUGCUCCGAUUUUAAGUACCUCGGUUCACUCGUCCAAUACGACGGCGGUGUUGACCGGGAUGUGAAAAGCCGAAUAAAUGCAGGUUGGAUGAAAUGGCGACAGGUCACCGGUGUAACUUGUGAUCCAAGAAUGCCAAUGAAACUUAAGGGACAGAUCUACAAGUCCAUCGUAAGACCUGUCGUAUUGUACGGAUCUGAAUGUUGGGCCACCAAGGUUUCGGAUGAAAGAAGAUUGCAUGUAGCUGAAAUGCACAAAAGCAAACAAAUGAAGCACGGACUGGUCUUUGUCAAUUAA